AUGCCCAGGAUCCUGCUCUUUGAGGUAAACCAGGAGUCUCCCGGGAGUGGGACGCCCCUGCAGCGGGACCUGGCCUGCCUCCCCCCGCUGCCACACAGACAGGCUGACCAGUACGUCCUCAGCUGGGACCAGCAACUCAACCUCGCCUAUGUGGGCGCCGUCCCUCACCGUGGCAUCGAGCAGGUCCGGACCCACUGGCUGCUGGAGCUUGUCACCACCAGGGGGUCCACUGGACGGGGCCCAAGCUACAACUUCACCCACCUGGAUGGGUACCUGGACCUUCUCAGGGAGAACCAGCUCCUCCCAGGGUUUGAGCUGAUGGGCAGCGCCUCGGGCCACUUCACCAACUUUGAGGACAAGCAGCAGGUGUUUGAGUGGAAGGACUUGGUCUCCAGCCUGGCCAGGAGAUACAUCGGUAGGUACGGACUGGCGCAUGUUUCCAAAUGGAACUUCGAGACGUGGAACGAGCCGGACCACCACGACUUUGACAACGUCUCCAUGACCAUGCAAGGCUUCCUGAACUACUACGAUGCCUGCUCGGAGGGUCUGCGUGCGGCCAGCCCGGCCCUGCGGCUGGGAGGCCCUGGCGACUCCUUCCACACCCCACCGCGAUCCCCGCUGAGCUGGGGCCUCCUGCGCCACUGCCACGACGGUACCAACUUCUUCACCGGGGAGGUGGGCGUGCGGCUGGACUACAUCUCCCUCCACAGGAAGGGUGCGCGCAGCUCCAUCUCCAUCCUGGAGCAGGAGAAGGCCGUCGCGCAGCAGAUCCGGCAGCUCUUCCCCAAGUUUGCGGACACCCCCAUUUACAACGACGAGGCGGACCCGCUGGUGGGCUGGUCCCUGCCCCAGCCGUGGAGGGCUGACGUGACCUAUGCGGCCAUGGUGGUGAAGGUCAUCGCCCAGCAUCAGAACCUGCUACUGGCCAACACCAGCUCCACCAUCCCCUACGCGCUCCUGAGCAACGACAACGCCUUCCUGAGCUACCACCCGCACCCCUUCGCGCAGCGCACGCUCACCGCGCGCUUCCAGGUCAACAACACCCGCCCGCCGCACGUGCAGCUGCCCCAGGUCACGCGGCUCCGUGCCCUGCCCUUGACCCAAGGGCAGCUGGUUUUGGUCUGGUCGGAUGAACACGUGGGCUCCAAGUGCCUGUGGACAUACCAGAUCCAGUUCUCUCAGGAUGGUAAGGUGUACACCCCAGUCAGCAGAAAGCCAUCGACCUUCAAUCUCUUUGUGUUCAGCCCAGACACAGGUACUGUCUCCGGCUCCUACCGAGUUCGAGCUCUGGACUACUGGGCCCGACCAGGCCCCUUCUCCAACCCUGUGCCAUAUCUGGAGGUCCCUGUGCCAAGAGGGCCCCCAGCCCCUGGAAAUCCAUGAGCCUGUGCUGAGCCCCACUGGGCUGCACCUCCACUGGCAAUCAGCGAGCUGGGGUUGCACUGUGCCCACGCUGCCCCCCCAUCACCCCCUUUGCAAUAUAUUUUUAUAUUUUA